UGCUCACACAAACACACACCUUUCUAUCUACAAAUAUGCAUACGUUAAGGUAUUUUGACAAAACGAAACGAUUCUGAAUUUUCUACAUAUUAGUCAUUAUAGUAAUUGUUUUGAAAUUAGUGUCAUCGGUUGAAAAUACCCCGUGAGAAGAAAUUAAAAGGAUCAAGAACAUUUAACAAACUUCAGACUUAUUCUUAAAGUAGUUAGCUGUAAACCCUAAAAAGCUGACAGGUGUUGAAUAGACCAGCCGGACUCAAAGUAUGGUUCCUCGCAGGCAGGACUACGGGAUGAAAAGGAGCGGAGGAGCGCGGAGCGGCUCGGUUAUAAACUUUAGGACAACGCUGAAAUCGGGCUCGGUCCGCCGCAGCUCUGCCGUGCUGCCGUCGGUACUAACGUUCCUGGUGAUCGUAGCAUCCGGAGGCCUGCUGCUCAUGAUAGAGAAAGGAAUGCUGAACAGCAUGGAUACACCUCCACCCCGGGGUAACGGCAGGCGGCUGGACUUCAUCCGACAGGCUGGGAAACACAGCUCCGCUGCUGUGGACGAGGACUCCCAGAUCCUCCAGGAGAUCCGUAACCGGACCAUCAGGACCAUGUGCAGCCAGAAGAACAUGCCGCACAGCAUUUGGUCUCUAAACCCCCUGCAGAGGAAGACGCUGCUGCAGCACAUCUUGGUGAAUGACGAGUACCACUUCCUCUACUGCUACGUCCCCAAAGUGGCCUGCUCCAACUGGAAGAGGGUUCUUAAGGUGCUAAGCGGAGCGCUGAAGAGUGUGGAAGUCAACAUCAAGAUGAACCACCAAAGCGACCUGAUCUUUUUAUCCUCUCUAAAACCUGAGGAGAUCCGCUACCGCCUCAAGCACUACUUCAAAUUCAUGUUUGUGCGGGAGCCUAUGGGGCGCCUGCUUUCUGCAUACAGGAACAAGUUUGGGGAGAUAGAGUCUUACCAGAGGAAGUAUGGUGUUGAGAUCAUAAAGCGGUACAGAAAGGGUCGCGCUAAGGACGCAUCUGUAGCAGGAGAUGAUGUGACCUUUGCAGAGUUUGUCCGUUACUUGCUGGAUGAGGAUGUGGAGCGUAUGAAUGAGCACUGGAUGCCGAUGUACAACUUAUGCCAACCCUGUGCUGUGUCUUAUGACUUCAUUGGCUCCUAUGAGCACCUGGAAAGUGAUGCAGAGUUUGUGCUCCAGCGCAUCGGAGCACCUCCUAACGUUCACUUCCCAGAGAGGCAAACGUGGUACAAGCCGAUCACCACCGAGACGUUCCACUAUUAUCUGUGCAGCUUACCACAGAAGCUACUGAGGGAACUCCUGCCCAAAUACAUUUUAGACUUUUCCCUCUUCACUUAUCCACUCCCCAACACAACCACUGAACACUGCCGGCAUUAAAUGUGCAAUGUCUUAUAGUUUGGAGAUUAUUUUUUACAGAGAAACAUUUGUAUCAUUUUUACUUGAGAUGUCCUACAUCAUUGCAAAAUGCUGAUUAUUGGAAGAGAUGAAGACUUGAUUUCAAAACCACUAAAUCCUGAAAUCAGCUGCAGACAAAGGAAAAAUCUAUUGAAACGUAUGUUACAUGCACUGUUACAGUAAAUGAAUCAAUUCACUAUACACUGAUGGAAAUGUAAAUAAGGUUGCAAGACCAAACUUU